CACUCAAUCAGUCGUCUUCUUCGCCGCCGGGGGAAUUCCGUUGAAAUAGAAAUUUUCCGCGAGUGUUAAGCGUCUCGUUUUAUGCUGCCUUAUUCGUGAUUUCCUAUAGCGCCAUAAUUUUUUAGGUUACUGAAUUCGAUCAGCUUUAUACGCUUUGUAUUUCGAUUUUAAUUAACUGCUAAAAUCGGCAUGACAUUUUUUGAACUCAGAAUUGUUGAGAUUGAUCAUCAUAUUACUUUGUAAGGUUGCAGAGAAAGAUUCCCGGAAACAACCUUACAAAUGUUGCAGAGAGAGAUUCCCGGAAACAUCAUUGUUCGAGAUCACACCCUCUACGCCUUGAAGGAAGGAUGCGUCAAGUUUGAGCGCAACAAGCUAACUGGACGCAAGUGGAUUCAUGUUGAUCCCAAGGAAGGUCACGAGCUGCAUCCAGUCUAUGCAAACAUGGGCGACGCGGCUGCUGCUGAGAUGAAGACCGCAGCUUACAAACUGGGCCGCCUAUCUUCACUGGGGCGGGUCGCAGAUUUAUCUACUGCUGCGUAUUAAGCAAACAUCAUGAAUUCCGUUGCAUCUCUGUACAGAAGAUUAAGCAUUAGGGAUCUGAUCUCCAACACGCCUGUUUACAGUUCAGCUACUGAUGUAUCCGGAGAGGGAUUGAGUUUGGUGUUGAGGCGAUGGGCUAGCAAGAAAACGGCAGGAUCCACGAAAAAUGGUCGCGACUCGUUGCCCAAGAAUCUCGGGGUCAAGAAAUUUGGUGGAGAGAGAGUGAUUCCCGGAAACAUCAUUGUUCGUCAAAGGGGUACGCGUUUCCAUCCAGGGAACUAUGUUGGCAUGGGUCGAGAUCACACCCUCUACGCCUUGAAGGAAGGACGCAUCAAGUUUGAGCGCAACAAGCUAACUGGACGCAAGUGGAUUCAUGUUGAGCCCAAGGAAGGUCACGAGCUGCAUCCAGUAUAUGCAAACAUGGGUGACCCGGCUGCUGUUGAGAUGAAGACAGCAGCUUAACUCAGGUUUGUAGUCACAUGGUAAUGCAAGCUUUUCAUCCUGUUUGGUGAAAUAGGUUGCUAGACAUGUUGAAAGCUAAAAACAAGUUUUUGUGUUUUGAUUGCUUAGAUGUAAAAUGUUGUUAAUAGGUUGUUAGUAUUAUCUCAGUCGAAAAUACAUUUUUCAAUAGUGAGAUUGAUCUUUUGUUUGUUA